AUGGGUAAUUGUGAAAGAAAUGGAGCUGUGAGGCAGUAUGUGAGAUCAAAAGUGCCUCGAUUGAGAUGGACACCUGAUCUUCACCAGUGUUUCGUUCAUGCCAUCGAGAGGCUUGGAGGCCAAGCCAAGGCCACACCCAAACUUGUUCUUCAGCUAAUGGAUGUUAGGGGACUCACCAUUUCACAUGUCAAAAGCCAUCUUCAGAUGUAUAGAAGCAUGAAGAGUGAUGUGACCAGACAAGCAGAUAAGAGUCGCACCCCGCAAAGAAAACAGUCUCUUGAAGAUCACCAAGAUGGGAGUGUUGAUCAAGAAAAUAGUGUGUCUUACCAUCCAUCUCUGAAACCCUUUACAGAGUCAGAUUCUCAUUUCAUCUACAGUCCAUCAACAAAAAGAGCUCGAAUCGAGACGAUGAGUUCAAUCUCGGAGAACCUGCAAUGCAGCCAAAGAAUAUCUGAUCAGACAGUCCCAAAUCCGUACUAUUGUGAUGAUUAUAUGCAGACUAUGGCUGAGAAAAGUGGAAUAAAGGAGACGAAUGAGAAGGGUUUCAGAUGGCAGACCCAUGAAGCAGCUUCAAUGUCUACAUUCUCAUCUCUGCCCCUGAAUCUCUUUCACGGCCUCUCUCCUCUUGGCAAUGUGUAUGCAGUGGAAGAAUCUGAUUUCCUCAAGAUAGCUGAGCACGAAGAUGAAAAAGGGGCACUAUCAAAGGAAUGCAAAUUUGAGAACUCAGGGAUUGGACGUGAUGAAAAUGAAAAUGAAGAAGUUGAUGCUUGUGGACUGUCAUUGUCUCUAGCAUUGCACCAUCCCUUCACUCAGAAGAGUAAUGCAUCUUUGACAAGUGAUAUCAGCGAAGCAAUUUCAUCAUACUCAAGACCAAAUUUAAACGACUGUUCUGGAUCUUCCUUGGAAAAGCGUCGAAUUAACUUGAAUCUGUCUAUUGCUCUGUGGUAACUAGAUUUAUUGUAAAAAUCUUUUUAUCUUUAGAAUGC